AUCAUCAUUGUGUGUGUCAUGCAGUGACUCCCAUAGAUGUUUUCCCAUAGCCAAUAGUUGCGUUGGUUGAAGUCAAGUUGUGAAGACUGUAUACUGUAUACGGUAUAUCUAAUUUGUCUAUGAACAGGUUUGAGCGCAUGACUGAGGAGUUGUCAAUAAAUCUGCGCGUGAAUGGAAGAGGUAUGUUCAGUGGUGAACAACGUCUGCAACCGCAGUACAUUUGAAGGCUGGGUGUGACUGAGGCCAGGCUGCCGUCUGUGAGGCCCUAGCUAGAGAUGGACAUCGAGGUGGACAUCCAGGAGGAGGACAUGGAGGGCUCGUGGACCUUGCUGCCGUGGCUGGCAUCCUGUGUGAUGGUGUUUGGAGGGGCCCUGCCUUACGUGCCUCAGUACCAGGAGAUCCAGAAGAGCAGCAACACUGAGGGAUUCUCCACCCGUGUUUGCCUGCUGCUGCUCAUCGCCAACAUCCUUCGCAUCUUCUUCUGGAUAGGGAAGCAGUUUGAACUGACUCUGCUCCUCCAGAGUGUGGUGAUGAUUAUCACCAUGCUAUCUAUGCUCCACCUCUGCUGCAACAUCCAGCAAGCCAAUCGGGUCAGCACCAACCAGCACCACUUCACAGAUCUGGACCUGCGCUACUUCUGGAGCUGGAGUGCGUUUGAGGACUACCUGCUAUUCUGUUUUGCCUUCACGGUGCUGUGUGCCUUCCUCACCCUUCUCCUGCUGGACUCUGUGCUGUUCGUGGAGGGCCUGGGCUCCCUGGCCGUGCUGUUUGAGGCCAUGCUGGGGGUGCCACAGCUUCUGCAGAACUUCCACAACCACUCCACCCGCGGCAUGAGUGUGAAGAUGGUGCUGCUGUGGACUGUUGGAGACAUUUUCAAGACGACGUACUUCGUGAUGAACCACAGCCCGUCCCAGUUCUGGGUGUGUGGGGCAGUCCAGAUCCUCAUAGACAUGGCCAUCCUGCUGCAGGUGCUCUUUUACGGCCAGGACAUCAGGGUCAAACUGGGAUGAACCCUAUGACCUUAUCAUCCUCCAAUACAUCAAAGCUCUUAAUCAAAGAUUUAUACCUAAACUUGUGUGCCUUACCAUGUAAUUUUUUAAAGAUAUUAGAUGGAGAAUGCCAGAGAGGUAUUGUGUAUGUUUUACUAUUUGAUGCCAGUCAUUUGUGUCUUCAUAGGUCAUUUGCUUUGCUAGUUACUGAAGGACAGUGUGUGUCCAUCAGUCAAUCUCUACCGGCUCCACAGGCAGCUUGAACGACACGACGGGCUACUCUGACUGAUGACUCCUUCACUAUGUACCUCAGUGUGUUUUUAAGAUUAAAUAUAGACAUAUGUAUGUGUGUGCGUUUCAGCAUGAAUUGAUGUUAGCCAUCGGCAUUCUCCAGUGCCACAGGGGCGCAGCGGUCUAAGGCACUGCAUCGCAGUGCUAGAGGCGUCACUACAGACCGAGUUCGAUCCCAGGCUGUAACCGGCCGUGAUCGAGAGUCCCAUAGGGCGGAGCACAAUUGGCCCAGCAUCGUUAGGGGAGGGUUUGGCUGGUGGGGCUUUACAAGUAGGCUGUCAUUGUAAAUAAGAAUGUGUUCUUCACCGACUUGCUUAGUUGAAUAAAGGUUAAAUAAAUAAAAAUGGCAAGGUA